AUGCAAAGUGAGACGAAAUCUUCUUCAGUAAAUGAAAAUUUUGAGAAAUUUGAUGAAUUAAAUUUAAAUGAAUCACUUUUACGUGGAAUUUAUCAAUACGGAUUCGAUUCUCCAUUAGAAAUUCAACGAAGAUCACUUCGAUCGUGUCUCUCAGGUCGUGAUGUGAUGAUUCAAUGUGAAUCGUAUUCAGGAAAGACAAUAACAUCUCUGAUAACCGUGUUACAACGAAUUGAUGUCAAUUGUAAAGAUUGUCAAGCAUUAAUUGUUGUUUUAACACGUGAUUUAGCUCAAUCUAUCUAUGAAAUCAUUGUUUCACUUGGUCAAUUGAUGACUUUGUCAUGUCAUUGUUGUAUCGGUGGAGUUCAAAUUCGAGAAGAUACGAAAGCUUUGGAAAAAAAUGUUCAAAUCGUUGUUGGAACACCUGCUCGAAUCUCUGAUCUGCUUAGAAGAUCAAUACUUAAAAAUGAUCAAAUUCGAAUAGUUGUGUUUGAUAAUCUCGAUGAAAUUAUUUCAUAUGGUUUUCAAAAAGAAAUUUAUGAAAUUAUCGUCGCAUUACCAAACGCUUUUCAAAGUAUCGUUUUAUUAAACACGAUGUCGGAAGAAUUGACGAAAUUAACGGAGAAAUUUCUGAAUGAUCCCGUGAAUAUUCUUCCAGAGAAAAAAGAAUUGACAUUUGAAAAUAUUCAACAAUAUUAUGUUAAUGUGGAACGAGAAGAAUGGAAAUUCGAAACUUUAUUGGAUUUAUUGAAUUUAAUCACAACUGAUCAAAUCAUUUUAUUUUGUAAUUCAAAUGAAAAAAUCGACUGGUUAUCUGAAAAACUUCGUGAAGUCAAUUAUAAAGUUUCUCCUCUCUAUCGUAAAAUGAAUUCAAAAGAACGAAAUGAAUCAAUAAAAGAUUUUCGAAGAAAUUUAACUCGAAUUUUAAUUCGAACAGAUUUAAAUGAAAAUCAAAUGAAUAUUUUUCAAGUGAAUCUUCUUAUCAAUUAUGAUCUUCCAACUUCUCUCACUCAAUAUCAAAAUAGAAUUGGAUUUUCAGAUGAAUUUCAUCGAAAAAGAAUUUUGAUCAAUUUCAUAAUUAACAAUGAAAAUGAAAUGUUAAAUGAAUUUAGACAAUUCUAUGGAAUAUCAAUUGAACAAUUACCAUUGAAUGUUCUUUCUUGA